GUUCUCUACGAGGUAAGGGUUCCUGAGAUGGAUCGCAAUGCUCCGGUCUCCGGGACAGGCGGGGAGCCGCUGUGUUUGCGAUUUGGUAUAAGACACUGCCCUGAAAGCCCGGCCGGCCUCUUACCGAUUUCCUCUCCCGUUUCUGGAAAGACCUACCCACGCCACAGCCCUCUCGAGGUGCAGAUUUGUCUUGAUUUAAAGCAGUCCUCAUUCCCCAGAGCCAAGCAAGCUCAGUAAAUAAAAAAAAAACCCCUUCUUACUCUCUUCUGUCUCUCCCAAGUCGCAGUCUCUUUCACCACUCCCACCCCAUCAAACAACCUAGGCAUUUUGCUAAAAACAAAGUGCACUUCUUUCUCCCCCGCGUCGCCGUCGCAGUUAAAGCCGCUUGAGAAUCGAUGGGAAAAUCCGAUUCUGUUAGGAAUGGUGCAAAUCUCGAUUCCGCGGAGACCGUCGCCGAGCAGGACGAGCCGCCUAAUGGUAGUAGUGGUUUAAAUGUGCCCUCAAAACAACCAUCAGAAGCAAUAGAGAAGCUUCAACAGCCUAAGAGUGACGCCAAAGCCUCUCGCCCCGAAUUUUCCGCAACCGCAUCGUCGUCCUUCGUGCCCAUCACUGCGACGACCUCGCGCUCAUCCGCGACCGCCGCCGGCACAGUUGAGACCGCCCAACUCGGCAACGAUGUUGCCCUCUCCAGCCACGGAACUGCCGCGCACUGCGUGCCCGUCUCCCAACUCACAGAACUCUACCAGACAGACCUUGAGGAUGGUCUCAGUGCCGCAGAGGCUGCCAUUCGUUACGGCAGAGAUGGCGCCAACAAGAUUGAGGGAGCUAAGGGUGUAUCCCUUUGGGAGAUAUUCCUAAGGCAGAUCUCCAACAGCUUGACCAUUGUACUCUUUAUCGUCAUGAUCCUUUCGUUCGCCAUUGACGACUACAUCGAAGGAGGUGUUAUCACAGCUGUCAUUGUGCUGAACAUUAUCGUUGGACUUGUUCAAGACUACAAAGCCGAAAAGACAAUUCAGUCUUUGUAUGCUCUGUCUGCCCCAACCUGUAAGGUGGUUCGUAAUGGACAGAUUGAGACGAUCAAGGCCGAGAUGCUCGUCAAGGGCGAUCUGGUCAUGAUCAGUGUCGGCGAUGUCAUCCCUGCCGACCUUCGUCUGGUCAGUGGUAUCAACCUGUCUACCGACGAGGCUCUUCUCACCGGCGAAUCUGUUCCAAUAAGCAAGCACCCCGAGGCUGUCCUCGACGAGGCCGAUGUACCUCUGGGUGACCGUUUGAACAUGGUAUACUCUGCGGCCACAGUGACACGUGGUCGUGGUACCGGUAUCGUCGUCGCUACCGGCAUGCACACUGAAGUGGGCAAAAUCGCCGAAAUGUUGCGAAACAAGAAGGACUCGAUCGAUGACAAGUCCUUCUUCGCCCGUACCCUGAUACGCCUCAAGCGCGGCGUUCGUCGCCUCCUAGGCUUCGAAGGAACACCUCUCCAGGUUAAGCUGAGCAAGUUUGCUCUGCUACUCUUCGGUCUUGCCCUCUUACUAGUCGUCAUCGUCUUCUCAGUCAGCAAAUGGCAGGUUGGCGAACAGGUGCUCAUCUACGGCAUCUGUGUCGGAGUGGCCGUUAUUCCCGAAUCACUCAUUGCAGUUUUGACCAUCACAAUGGCAGUUGGCACAAAGGCCAUGGCCAGCGGCAACGUCAUUGUUCGCAAGAUGUCUGCCCUGGAGGCCGUAGGAGGUGUCACCAACAUUUGCUCUGACAAGACUGGAACGCUGACCCAAGGUCGUAUGAUCACUCGAAAGAUCUGGUUACCUAAUGGAACCACGGCAUCUGUUGAGGGCACUACCGACUCUCACGAUCCCACUAGUGGCACAGUCAAGCUCAGGGAGACAGUUGACCAAGAGAAGGCUGCUGAAGCAAUACAGUCUGCGGCCUUUACUCACUUUUGCGAGUCGAUAGCUCUCUGCAACAACUCGACUGUCUCAGACGGCAAAGCUAACGAGACGGACAAUGGUUCCGUCACGACUGCUACUGCUACCCUUUCAUCCCCCGGCAAUUGGACCGCGGUUGGUGAACCUACAGAAAUCGCUUUGCAAGUCUUUGCCAUGCGCUUCGGCAAGGGCAAGGCGGAUCUCAUGCAACAAGACCAGCGCCGGAUGCUCGCCGAGUUCCCCUUUGACUCGUCAUGCAAGCUCAUGAGUGUCGUCUACGAGACGAAGAAGUCUAAUCUUCGCUCGGUUUACACGAAGGGCGCUGUUGAGACUCUCCUGCCCCUUCUCCAGGAUUCCGACGAGUUGAAGCAGCAAAUCAUUGCCAAGGCCGACGAACUGGCAUCUCAGGGCCUCCGUGUUCUCUGUGUUGCUAGCAAGGCUGUUGGGCCGGAUGUGCAACUUUCCGAGCGACCUCAAGCUGAAUCCAAUCUGCACUUCCUUGGUCUCGCUGGACUGUACGACCCACCCCGUGUCGAGACUCUCGGCGCGGUACAGAAAUGCCGCGAGGCCGGCAUCUCAGUUCACAUGGUGACGGGAGAUCACAUUAAGACUGCCACCGCCAUCGCGUAUGAAGUCGGCAUUCUAUCUCACGACAUGGAUCCUCUUCCCAGCCAUGCUGUUAUGGCUGCUGCUAAGUUUGAUUCAUUGUCCGACGCAGAAGUCGACCAAUUGACCAAACUCCCGCUUGUUCUCGCCCGUUGUAGCCCUACCACCAAAGUCCGUAUGUUGGAGGCCAUGCACCGCCGCAAGGCUUUCUGUGUCAUGACGGGUGAUGGUGUCAACGACUCACCCGCUCUCAAAAUUGCAGACGUCGGUAUCGCCAUGGGUGAGCGCGGUAGCGACGUUGCUAAAGAGGCAGCAGACAUGGUCCUUACCGACGACAACUUUGCUUCCAUUGUUACUGCAAUUGAGGAAGGUAGAAGAUUAUUUGACAAUAUUCAGAAGUUUAUCCUUCAUCUUCUCAUUUCCAACAUCUCUCAGGUCAUCCUUCUGCUUAUCGGUUUAUCCUUCAAGGAUGCAUCCGGUGUUUCAAUCUUCCCCCUGUCCCCCAUUGAGAUUCUUUGGGUCAACCUCAUCACCUCGUCAUUUUUGGCACUGGGUCUGGGUAUCGAAGAGAAGCAACCCGAUAUCUUGACUAGACCUCCACACGAUCUCCGUGUUGGUGUCUUCACGUGGGAUCUAAUUCGCGACAAGAUGAUAUACGGUGUCCUCAUGGGUGGCCUCUGUUUGGCCGCUUUCACCUCCGUCGCCUACGGCAUGCCCGGGGAGCACGGUCUGGGACACGGGUGCAACGACGGCUUCAAUGAGACAUGUGGUGUUGUUUUCCGUGCCCGCUCUACCACGUACGCCACCUUGACUAUCUUGUUGCUCGUCACAUCGUGGGAGGUGAAGCACUUCACUCGAUCGCUCUUCAACAUGAACCCGGAGCGCGGAUGGCACGGUCCUACGGCUGUUUUCAAGACCGUUUGGCACAACCGCUUCCUCUUCUGGUCGGUCAUGGCUGGCUUUGUCAUCAUGUUCCCAGUCAUCUACAUCCCUUACGUCAACCGUCUGAUCUUCAAGCACGAUUCUAUCGGAUGGGAGUGGGGUGUUGUUUUUGCGUGCUUCACUGUCUACGUUGGUCUGGUCGAGGUCUGGAAAGCUAUCAAGCGUAAACUUGGCCUUGGCUUGCAACAAAGGACCGACGCUGCACCGCCUUUGCCGACAGCUGAGGCUCAGGUCUAAGGGGUUUGCCAAACUAGAACACAGUGGCAGGUAUAGCUGCAGUCGCAACACUGGGGCUAUCUAAGCCCAGAAUAGGUGCUUUUCAUUCUGGAACAGAGGUUGGGAGCGGAUUCAACAUGCGCACUCUGGAAAUUUUGAACAUGCACAACGGGGUGGGAAAGAAAUAUUUCCUCCUAACAUCUUCAUUUCUCAACAUUCUUUACACAUAUUAUCUUUCAGAUGUAACUUUUUCUUCUUCUUUUUUAGUCUCUUAUGGCGCACCUCGCAGGGGUGGCGUUCUUUAUUGAGCUGGUAUUUAGUUGUCUCAAUUGCAAACUCUGUGUCUGCAUCUUUUAGAUAUGAGUCCCGUUUGAGCUCGUUACAUCCCCG